UCGAAGCUCUCGACGAUCUUGACUCUAUCGUUGGUGGCGAAGCCCAACUUGUGCUUGACUUUAUCACUGACCUUGUUGGCUCUUAUACUCUGCUAGAGCUGGCACCGAUGAUUGGUAUGGGCUGGUGGCCUUGGAUCAAGUACGAGUCAAAAAUGCGUCAACAGGGCCAAUUGACAGAGGCGGAGAGUAAGAGAUUGCGGACGGUUCUUUGGACCUCUCUACAACCACAAUAUUCUUUUGACAUCGACGAGCAUGAUGCUCCUCACUCUCCCCGCUCAGGGAUAAUCGAUUUGAGCCUUGCAAGGAAGUUUCUAGACAGAUUCUGCUGUCAUUCUGACGACCCGACGUACCAAGGGCAAGGCGGCUGCCCAAUCUGGCAUGAGUUCAUCUCCAGCUUCGCCAAAGAUGUGGUUGAACACUGUGAUGUGGGGCCUUCAUUGGGUGAGCUCGAUUCGGAUCUCCUCGCCAUUGAACCCAGAUAUGAGAUUUGCAAGUACUUUGCAUCCACGCAUGUGGGGAUCGGUUUCGAGUUCUCAGGGGCGAACGAUCGGGAGAAGCUACUAAAGUCGAAAGGAAAUUGGGAAGCCAUCCCAGAUGAGUUGCGACAGUACACCAAAUAUUUCGGUUCGUUUCCUCUUCGUGUAGCCUGGAUCGCGGCUGUUAGGGGAUUGCCAGAUCUCGCCCUCGUACUCAGAGCUGCGUUCGGUGAGGAUAGAGCCCUCGGGCUGCUCCGCAUCAGACGAGAUGUUCAGGAGUCUCAGUUGAGACAGCAAGUGUCAUCCGUGACGCUCGCAGGACGUCUUCGUGGCUUGUGGACCGCUUUGGUGACUGGAGCCUGGUAGUAUAGGCCGAUUCAAGAAUUCAUCAAACCGCCGUGGAUGGCAGACGGCAAAUCCGAGAAGUAAUACAAGCUUCAAGAGACGGCUGUUUUCGACCUGCUUGAGGUUGAUUCAUAGUCCAUAGUUCCAGGAUUACCCAGGCGGGUGUUUUGGAUGAGGAG